UGACUGGUUUUCAGUAAGAAGACUGAAGAAAUUUGCAAAGCCGAAUUCAAGUUUGGGCGUCAAUUCUAUUUUUAGCGUACAUGACGUCAAGGCGGUACUCUUCUUCAGGAAGUGAAUGUGUUGCGCAGGUAGCAACUGGUAUAUCGCAACUGUAAACAAUAACCAUGGCAACUAGAAAAGAAAAUGAAUCUUUGUUCCGAAUUCCACCGUAUUAUUACAUUCAUGUUCUAGACCAGAACAAAAAUGUCACACGGUUGGAAGUUGGUCCGCAGACAUACAUCAGACAGGACAAUGAAAGAGUGGUCGUUGGACCAGAGAAGAUGAUAACAGUGCCACCAAGGCAUUACUGUGUUAUCGAGAACCCAGCACUGCGGGACAAAGACAACAGUGUGGUGAUAGAUAAGAGUGGUCAAGUGCGGCUUCUCCAUGCUGACCAGGAGAUUAGACUUGCCCAGGACCCUUUCCCACUCUACCCAGGGGAGGUCCUUAAACAGGCUGUAACCCCUCUGAAAGUUGUGGCCCCUAAUUCAGCCCUUAGACUACGUGCAAUAUUAGAUUUUGAAGAUGAUACUGGAGAAAAGAGAACAGCUGGGGAUGAAUGGCUUUUUGAGGGACCAGGUACCUAUAUUCCAAGGAAAGAGGUUGUGGUUGAAGAGACGGUGCGGGCCACCAUCAUCAAACCCAACCAGGCUAUCAGAUUACGUGCACGUAAAGAAUGUAUUGACAGGGAGGGUAAUGCACGUGUGACUGGUGAAGAAUGGGAAGUAAAGAAGACUGGAGCCUAUUUACCAGGAGCUUACGAAGAAGUUGUUGACAUUGUAAAUGCCUACGUUCUCACAGAGAAGAAGGCAUUGCACAUGAGGUCACUGAGAACCUUCAAGGACGAUUUCGGAAUAACACGUAAAAAUGGUGAAGAGUGGCUUAUUACCAUGGAUAUGACGGAAACACAUAUCCCAAAUGUCUAUGAAGAGGUAGUUGGAGUAGUGAACAUAACAUCUCUCAGUAACAGACAUUACUGUGUGGUCCUGGACCCUGUCGAUGAGAAGGGAAGACCCCAAAUGGGAAGGAAAAAGCUUGUUAAGGGUGAGAAGACAUUUUUCUUGAUGCCAGGGGAACGUCUAGAAAGAGGUAUACAGAACGUCUACAUCCUCGGUGAAGAUGAGGGACUGAUUCUCCGGGCCAAUGAGAGCUUUAAAGAUGGUGAGGAUGACAGAAAGCCAGGAGACCGCUGGAUGAUUCGAGGCCCUAAGGAAUAUGUUCCCCCUGUUGAGGUUGAGGUGGUAAUGAAACGACAGGCUAUACCCCUUGAUGAGAAUGAGGGAAUCUAUGUCCGUGAUGUCAAGACUGGAAAGGUAAGGGCAGUUACAGGUGAAACUUAUAUGCUGAAUCAUGAUGAAGAACUAUGGUCAAAAGAAUUACCACCAGCAGUUGAGAAUCUGCUCAUGGCAGCAAAAGAUCCUCUUGCCGAUCGUAGUGACCGACGCACCCCAGAGGCAGCGAAAGCAAGAGACAAGACACGUGUGAUCACAUUUAGGGUACCUCAUAAUGCUGCUGUACAGAUCUAUGAUUACAAGGAGAAGAAAGCAAGAGUUGUAUUUGGUCCAGAAUUGGUUAUGCUUGGCCCUGAUGAACAGUUUACUCAGCUCAGCUUGUCAGGUGGUAAACCGAAGAAACCUAAUGUAAUCAAAUCUCUGUGUCUCCUUCUCGGACCAGACUUCUGUACCGAUAUUAUUGUAGUUGAAACAUCGGACCACGCCAGGCUUUCAUUGCAAUUAUCUUAUAACUGGCAUUUUGGAGUAGAAAGUAAGACUGAUGGCGAAGAUGCUGCUAAACUAUUCAGCGUUCCCGAUUUUAUUGGCGAUGCAUGUAAAGCUAUUGCCUCUAGAGUUAGAGGGGCAGUGGCUCAAGUUGCAUUUGAUGAUUUCCAUAAGAAUUCCGCAAGGGUAAUCAGGUCAUCCGUGUUUGGUUUUGAUGAGAAAGACAAGGUCCGAGAUGUGUUUGUUUUCAAACAGAACAACUUGUACGUCACAAGCAUAGACAUCCAGUCAGUAGAGCCAGUGGACCAGCGUACACGUGAUUCACUACAGAAAUCUGUCCAGCUCGCUAUAGAAAUCACCACCAACUCGCAGGAGGCUGCUGCAAGACAUGAAGCUGAACGUCUAGAACAGGAGGCUAAGGGACGUCUUGAACGUCAGAAAAUCAGUGACGAGGCUGAAGCUGAGAAGGCUCGUAAGGACCUGCUGGAGUUACAGGCACACAGUGCAGCUGUAGAGUCCACUGGUCAAGCGAAGGCAGAGGCUCAGUCUCGUGCCGAGGCCUCGAGGAUUGAGGGAGAGGCAGCCGUUGAGCAGGCUAAAUUGAAGGCACAAGCCAUGAAGAUUGAGGCGGAGUCUGAACUUGAGAGGUUGACCAGUGCUCGAGAGGCGGAGCUUAAAUUUGUCAAGGAGCAGAACGAGAUGGAACUUGCCAAAUCGCGUGAAACUUCUGAGAUUGAGACCAUUAAGUUCAAACAAAUGGUGGAUGCUAUUGGCGCAAGUACUCUCCAGGCCAUCGCAACCGCAGGCCCUGAUCUUCAGGUUCGUAUGCUGCAGGCUCUUGGUAUGAAAUCAACCGUCAUCACCGAUGGAUCAAGUCCUAUAAACUUGUUCAGCACAGCCCAAGGCUUGAUUGGAGGCAUAGGAGGUGGAAUGGUUGUUCCGUCAAAACGUGCACGCAGAGAUGAUGAUGAUGAAGAUGAUGACUAAAAACAAUCAUGUCAACAGGCUGUUAACAUUUUAUGGUAAAAUUUAAAGAUUUUAUGCCAUAAAUAUGUAAAUAAACAGUGAAAAUGUUUCAAAAUAUUUGUGGAAUUGAACAGGUUAUUUGGUGAAACUGACACAAUAUGGUUUUGGUAGAACAGUCUGUCACAUUGAUAGAUUACUAUAUGUUAAAUGUACUAUAUUAAUUUGUCAUUUGUAAUAAACAGGUGUACACUAUUUGUUAAUGGAUGUAAAUUUAUCCAGCCUUAACUAGUAUUUUGAAAUGUAAACAUGUACCUCAUUGUUUCAUAUCAAAACGUAUGUAUGUUGUAUUUCGACUUUGAUGUUGUACCUUGCUGUAUGACAUAAUGUGGUUGCAACACAUUUACAUUUAAUCUUUGAAACUUUUCUGUGAUAGAAGUACACAAGUUUUAUAUAUAUAUUUUGUUCUUUGGCAUUGUUUUAUAAGUUUUUAGCAAGAGAUUUUCAUUUUCAUAAAAAUGUACAAAGUAGCAUUCCUGACCACUUUUUUCUUUAUAUUUUCAUUAUUAGAUAUGGAAAAGAUUUUUAUUUUCCUUAAUACAUGUAUGUUUAUAAUAGUAAUAAAUUGAAAUGCCCAAUCAACUGCUGAUGAAAAAUGUGUCCAUUUAUUGUUUAUACACUUUCUUCAGCUUAAUUAUAACUUUCAUUAAAAUCAUGAUAAUUGCAAACAUGUUGCAUAAAGUAAUUAUUUUUAUAAACUUGUGUUAACGAACAGAUAUAUAAUUGUCAAUGUGAUGGAAAAGUUUACCAUAAGGAUGCUUACAUUGCAUUGGUUUAUUUUUUUUUAAUAGUGAGUCGUGUGAUAAACUUUGCCUGAAAGUUUAGAAAUGACUAGCUGUUUUUGUUAUCUUACACCAUACUUUGUGUGCACAGUUGACAUUGUUACAUUUUUCUGUGUGUUUAGGAGAAAGGUGGUUGAAGACACUGUUCUCCCUCCUGGUUUAUGGUUUGCAGUAGUUGCUACCUUACUGUUUAUGCUUUGUUCUUUUUUCUUUUCUAUUGCUAUACUCUAGAUGCAGUAUGGUGAAUAAUUUGUGCUAAUAUUUUUUCUUCACUUAUUUUCUAAAACAAUUUAUAUACACUGUGAUAAGUAAUCACUAUUUGAAACAUACUUUUCUUGUUUGUUUUUCCUUUCAUCUAUUGUUAUAAAUAUUUAUAAAUAAAUAUCUGCCAAAUAA